AAUGGAUUAAGUAUGUCCUUAAGUGCUCAAAAUGGUGAAACGGAUCGAAUAAUAUUUCCCAAUUACCUGGAUUUUAUUUAUCUUUUGUCGUUACCGCAAAACAAAGAAAUGAACGUAGACUUUCAACUCUCAAAUACGUUUGAUUAUCCUUUUCAAAUUGGCAUGGCGUAUGCCGUUAACCCUGAAAAUAUUACAAAAACAGAAAAGGAUUUCCUGUCUUGUCUACGAUCCAUUCUUUCAGCUCUUGACUUGCAGUUUCGCCGUCAAAUGAUUAUUAACAGAGUCGUCGAUGAAUCGGACAAUCGAAAAAAGAAAGCACCUUUGGACAUCGAUAAUUUAAUGAGCUUAAGCUAUUGGUGUUUAUUGAUUGUCGCUUGUCUCGUGGUUAUUGGACUAGCGUAUGACUACUGGAACUACAGACAUGGAUAUCUCUUUUCUGAGGAUCACAUUGCUAAUGGUAAUGGUGAUCAAUGUGCAAAUGAAGGUUUAAACCGCGAAAUAUAUGAGAAACAUCUAAAUGGUACAAACCAAGAAAAUAACUACCUUUAUUUUUCCUAGUCAACACAGAGUAUGGUGCAGGAGACUGGUGACUAUUGAUUAUAACAUGCCUGUGAACGAUGAGAUUGUUUCCUAAGAUUCCAACUAACUUCCACAUGAGUAGUUAGUGUAGAUUGUAUGGCGUUCGAUGUCGACGUAUUUGAUAGCUAUUUCAUUGCUCUCGUUUUCUUUGGAUUUAAUAACAGCUACCAUGUGUGUCUGUAAUUGUGCAACUUCAUUGGGCGAAACAUGUAGCGAUGAAGUUAAGGUGAUAAGUAUAAACUACAAGAACUAUCUGGACAUUUAUCUCGGCGAUGGAUUAGUUGGCGGAGGUUUGAUGCAAAAUGGCCUUUUUGUGCGCAUGUUAAAAUUAGCUGUCCCAAAGUGUUGCCCGAAUGCAACGUUGAAAUUUAAUAAUAUCGGGGAAGUAGAAGACGAAAUUGAGGAAUUGGUUUUGGCUAACUUGAAGGCAUCAAGAGCUGGUGCACCACGCAAUGGUGUUCAUAAGUUUUACUUUCCCGAGUUUGCACCUAAAAGAAUUUUAACACUUUACGAUUACAAAAUCCCAUUUGUUGUUCUUCAUCGUUCUCCUGGACCAGCGUUAAUCAUGUAUAGACCAGGCGCAAAAGAAGCGGUAUUUGUGGGCGAAAUAUUCCUGAAAUCGUGGGCUAUAAUGAUCUGCCUCCUUUCCUGGGCUUGGAUUGUUGGCAUUAUUGUGUGGUUUGCAGACCAUCACGUCAAUGCAAAAGAUUUUCCGAGUCCAUUUUACGUUGGGAUGGUGGAUGGAAUUUGGUGGAGUGUUGUGACAAUGACAACUGUAGGAUACGGAGACAAGAAUACCAAGGGACCUUUUACGAGGGUGAUUGCUAUUAUGUGGAUAAUGAUCUCAACUGUGUUAGUAUCGUUGUUUACCGCUAAUGCGUCUUCAAUAUUGGCCAUCAGUCGAGCAGAACAGGAUCACAGUAAUACUCUUGGAAAAAAGAUUGGUUGUUUCAACAGCAAGCAUUUUUUCGAGGAUCAAUUGAAUCUUGGCGCUCAAAUGAUAGGUUUUUCUGACGGAAUAAGUAUGGGCGUAAGUUUUAUGAAUGGUGGGAUAGAUCGAACAUUGUUUCCCAAUUACCUGGAUUAUAUUUAUUAUGUGCAUUUGCCGCAAUACGUAGCGAUGCAAGACAUAUAUCAACUGUCAAAUACCUUCAAAUAUCCUUUUCAAAUCGGCAUGGCGUAUGCUGUUGACCCCGAAAAUAUCACACAAACAGAAAUGGAUCUCCUGUCGUGUCUACGAUCCUUCCUUCCAACUUUUGAAUUGAAGUUUCGCCGCCAAAUGGCAAUCAGUGGACUCAAAGAUGAAUCGAUCAUUAAAAAAAAGGAAGCACCUUUGAACAGUGAUAAUUUAAUAAGUUUAAGCUAUUGGUGUUUAUUGAUUGUCGCUUGUCUCGUGGUUAUUGGACUAGCGUAUGACUACUGGAACUAUAGACAUGGACAUCUCUUUCCUGAGCAUCACAUUGCUAAUGGUAAUGGUGAUCAAUGUGCAAAUGAAGGUACAAAUGGUGAAAUAAAAGAAAAACAUCCAUACGGGGCAAACCAGGAGAGUAAUCAUGCUUAUUUUUCUGAACCAACACAACAUAUGGAGCAAACGACUGGUGACUCUUUUGACCAUUUUAUGCCUGUAGACGAUGACAUUGUUCUCCAAAAUUCCAACUACCUUCCACCUGAGUAGUUAUUGUAGAUUGGCAAUCAAUGUCAGCGUUUUUAUUAUUCGCUUUUUCAUCGCCCUUAUCGUCCAUGGAUUUUUUCAUUUGAUAAUUGUUACACUUGAUAACUAUUUGGUCAAGUUUUGAUCCUUUUUGCAACAGGUUUUUGACUUGGAAACGUCUUUUGUUUUUAACUUUUAGAUCGACUCCUAAUAAUACACGUAAUGUUUAUGAUUGUCUUGAAAAAUCCUGAAAUUUAUCACUAUUCUCUCAAAUGGUUUAAAAGAGGCGAUCGAAUGUCAGUAUUUUCCAUGAAAUAUUUUGUCAAGUCAAGAGGAAUAGGAAUUUGUUAUAAGAAGGGGGAUGCAGUAGCCCCAUUAAAAUCA